AUGGCCACAAUCCAGACUAGUUGUGUCGGAGGCUCAACUCCAGGUUCUGACGAUAAGGAAGAUCCUGACAUGUCCCCUUUAAUGCGACGUUGCAAGGAGAAUGCUCCGCAAGGGUCCACAAGAGACCCAAUAAUUCAGGAACGCAAAGAGAAGGAAACCAAUAAUUCAGGAACGCAAAGAGAAGGAAAAGGAAGAAAGAAGAGAAAAUUAGAGGAUAAGGAUGAGAAAAUGGCACGGGCGCACCAAAUCAUUGCAUCAGCCAAUUUGGCCAGAAGGCUUCAUGAUGAGGAGGUUCGCCGUGACAACAUAAGGGUAAAAGAAGAAGAGAAAAGAAAGCUCGAGGAUGAGCAAUGCAUUGCGCUCGCCUCUGAGAAAUUUGAAAAGGAAAUGAGAGAAGAAGAGGAGGCAGAGAAGAAGGCAAAGAAGGAAAAAGAGUUGUGCCACAAAGCAAACAAUUAG